CCUCGCUCACUUCAGUUCGUCUGGAGUGAAGGUUCGGUGGUCUCCUUCCCUCAUUUUCACUAACAUUCGGAGGAAUAGUUAAUAGCCCUUCCUCUGGGCAUAAUGGAGCAUAGUGUGAAAAAACCCCUGAGCUGGGAAACCAGGGAGCAGCUCAAAGAAAGGCUGGCCUUGUUGAAGAAAGAAUAUGCAAAAACAGUCCAUAAGUUACAGCGUGCUCAGAAAGCUGAACGGGUGCGGAAUCAUGUUAAAAGCACCAUAAUGCACCAGAAUCAUCUGUUGGAAGAGCAGAGCAUAACUCCAUUGAAGACUGGUGAGGCCUCAUCAUUUUUGGAUGUAUGUCAGUCAAGCUCUUCUUGUCAGAGAAACCGAGUCCCAGUAGAAGAAAGCAAAGAGAAGAGAUCAGCUGUGAGUUUUAAUCUUGAACCGGAAAUCAUAGAAGUCAUCAGUAGCCCAAAUGUGGCUUUGGCAAGCACAUUUGAAAGAGUUGAAGACCCUUCAACAGAUCCCACCCUUUCCCCCGUUGUGCAAACAAUCCCCAAUGCAAAGAAAAACAGUCAAGUUCACAGUCGUCUGAAGCUGAAAAAAAGGAGGUCAUGUGAAAUGCUGAGAAAGGAAGCAGCCAGUGAGCAGAAUGAAUUUCUAGCUGCUGAUGGAAAAUCCUGUGAUAAAGAAAUAGAGGAACUGGAUUCACCUCUUUACAAAGAGCCUGUAAGAUCUUACAACUUUGACAGGGAUACAAAUGCCUCUACAUUAGAAUAUGGGGAUGUAAAGGAAAUUGUGGAGCAUAGAACAUUCCUUGAUUCUUCUCAAGGUAAAGAACAGUUUAAAUCAUUCAAAAAUGGAGUGCAGGAGGUGGAAGGCGAUUGUUUGAUCUUAUCCUUGGGCAGCACUGUGAAUGGCUCGGUUUACUGCAGUCCUGGUGAUAAGUCUAUAGGAGUGUCUGCUUGUGAAAAUAAAGCUUUCAGUUCAAGAGACCUCAACGUCCUGACGGAAGAUGCCCAACAACAGCAAGUAAUGAAAAACUGCUCUGAGGAUCUCAUUGAAGCUUCUGAGAGCAAUCUUGCAAAUAAGUCAGCAGUGUUAAAUCCAGAUUGUCUUCAGGAAAGUACUGCUGCAGCUGAAGCUUCGGAAGAGACCCCACUGAACUCUUGUACCCUUGUCGAGGGCCUUCUCUUCCCUGUUGAGUACUACGUACGAACAACUCGACGCAUGACCAACUGUCAGCGACAAGUGGAUCUGGAUGCAGUGAUUCACAGCCACUUGGGAAAAUGCAGAAAUGGUGGUAGGGGAAGGUCUAGGAAAUUGACUCGUGACCAGAGCAAUCCUGUAAAAGGCUUUCCCAAGUCUGAGGGAGAGCUCAGCAACACAUUAUUACUUUUUAACAGUCAGGAGGAUGGUAUUGCUGUAUCUGAUGCAGAUACUUCACAGCUGGACUCACUGUGCCCCUCGAAUAUUGGUAUUGAUGCUCAGAAAAUUAAAUCAAGUCCAGAAAAAGAGAGAAAAAGUGAGAGAGAAGAAUCCACAAAACCCAAACUCACUGAUAAUGAAGUGUUUAAAGAUGAGCUUGUAGAGUGGACCUUGAAUAACCACAGACUUCCUAAUGAUGUUCAGUGUGCUAUGACUUCUGAAGUUCAAAAGGAGAGAGAUAGCAAGGAGAAUGAAAGUAACCCUUGUCAGUCGGUGUCUGAUGUGGAUGAAUUAUGUGGAAGUGCUGUUAAUAAGUUGGGUGCUCGUCGUUUUUCAAAUAUUACUAACUUUACUGUCAAGGGUUCCAACCCCUCUCAGUAUGAUUCUGAGCAUAUUGUGGAAUCAUUACAGAACUCUGAAAACCAGACCAGUAAUAUGUUAGUAGAAUCUUUCAAAGGGAAUUCAAUUGAUCUGUCAACUGUGAACAAGGAGUCUAUAUUCACUCUGUCAGAGCAUCAUUCAGGCUUAAAUAGUGCCACUGACAGUCAAGAAUUGAUCCCAGAGACUCAGCAAGAUUCCUUUUUUAGCACAGCAAGGAAUAAGAGUUUCAGAGGUACAAGACAGUCUUUACCAUUGGGAACUGAUUCAUACACUGAGGAAUCUCUAUGCCAGGUGUCUCAGCCCAAAAGGAGGGUGAGGCUGUCAAAAGUAGGUAACUCUUAUCGCAGAACACGUGCUGGCUUAAGGAAGCUCAACACAGGACUUGAAGAGGGAACCCUUACAUGCUCGGAACCAUUACUCUCUGUCAAAAAGCCUGUUGUCAAAAAGCUAUUUCACAGUCUGGAGGUCCAGGAUUUUGACCUCCCCGAUGAGGAAUAUGGUCAACUUAAAGAGAAAUUAAAAGCAGAGUCAUUGAGGAAAUUGCUUCUUCCAUCCCAGCAUAAUAUGUUUAACUGUGCUACGGAAACACAGGUGAAAACUGAGAAUGGGGAUAUAGGGAAAUGUGACAGCCCACAUUCACGAAACAGCAAACAAAAUGUAGAAAACUUUGAAGAACGCCGCCUACAAAAGAGUUUGGAUUGCAAGGAAAUCAACAGGACUGCAGAGAAAUCAGCAUCAGAUGAUGUCAUUUGUCCUUCUGAUCAGAAAACACCAAAAACUACAUCUAGCUAUAAACUAUCUUCCAGUGUUCUGCUGUCAACACCUUCCUGUACUCCACAGGUAGGGAGGGUCCACCAGUGUGAACAAGAUGCAAGUAGCCCUGUUUUUCCUUCGCUUGGCUUCACUCCUGCAUCAGGUUCUGCAAAACAUUCUCAAAACAGCUGUGGAAACCAGAACUCCUCCCAAACUGACAUACUGUCACAGAAUAAUGAUAGCAACUGUGAGGAAGGGUUACAAACGUCUGUUGAAGGAGAGGUGCCAUUAACGAAUGGAAAAGGCACUCUGUCUGCAAUGGAAUAUCCAGAAAAGGAGGAACAACCUACACAGUGCUGCCAUGUCAGUCAGUCAGAGGUGGUGAAUGAGGAUUGUGCUGUGGAAUGUCUUGAAGAGGAGAAUAAUGAUGCUUUGUCUUCUCUUCUUGGCAACCAGUUACAACAAAAGCUACAGAGGCCAACGUUGCAGCUAAUCUCCAAGAUACAGAAUCCAUCAACCUCCUGCAUUAUUGACUUAUGUACAGUAUUCUGGAUGGUGAAAGAUGCCAAAAUGUCAUGCAUUGCCUGUGCCUGUGAAACAGCAGUGUUCUUGUGGGCCCCACAACAGUUAAACCAGUGGACUAAUAUCCAUAUGUGGGUCUUUGAUAAAGUUCCUAUAAUUGAACUGAUCCCCAUUCCAGAUGCUGUGAACAUCCUGUGUGUGGCCUUUGGAAGCCUGGAAAUAAGGGAAGUCAAGGUAUUGCACUCUGUGGACAGAAACUGUUUGGAACACACCCUGCUGCAGACAGGAGAUAUUAAUGCAGUGCUUGGGUUACCUGGAAGGAGGCUGGUCUGCUCUUGUGGCACACUCCAGAGUCAGCACAUAGAAUUGAACAUCUUAUCCAAAGAAGGAAGGAGUGAACGACGUAUGCAGUUGGUCCCACCCAAUGAGAUGAUUCUGGCUUUCAGUGAAAUCAAAGGGGAGGCAGAAGCUUUGAUUGGAUCGACAAUAAUGAGCAAUGUUGUCAUUUGGAACUUAAAGACUGGACAUCUUCUGAAGAAAAUCCACUUAAGUGAAAGCUACCCAGGCACUGUCUGCCAGAAGGCCUAUUCAGAGUCUGGCUUAUUGUUCAUACUCCUCAGUCAUCGGUAUGUUGGCACUUGUGAUGGAUCUGGUGGAAAUGGAAUCUGUAUUUUAAGAAUGGUUGGUGUCAAUCCUAUGAAUGGUAAAAGUAAACCUGUCAUGUCAUAUAUGCUUCCACAGGAAUGCCAUGGAAGGUACCUUGUUGGAGGUGUGAAAGACCAGUCAAUUGCAGCAAUUGUAACCCCUGGAACCCUGAUUCUUUGGGAUGUACUUUCUGGCCACAUCUCGACCGUUCUACACCAUGGCCCCAAUGCAUUCUGGUCACUUUUCCACUGGGCAGAAGCCAAUUCCUGCCUCCUGGCCAGAAAGAAUGACCAAACUGUGUAUAUCUAUAAAUAUUUGGGAGCUGGAUUGAAUUAAGUAUAAUGGUAUUACUGCAUCACGAUUGAUGCAAGAAAGUAGCUUCAAAAUCUGUUUAUUUAUUUGAAACUUCUCACCUUAUCAGUUGAAUGAAAACACCAAAUAAUAUGUUUGUAGAACAAAACGUUGCAGUGCAAAGAUGAUUACUUUUGUUUCCUUUGUACUAUAUAAAGUUGUACUACAAUUUGUAUUGAUGUAUUGAACUGUUGUGUAGUGUCUGUUUAUUGCUAUUGGGGAAAGCCAGAAUAUGAAAUCUGGACAGGCCUAUUUCAACAAAAUGUUCAGAGGAUACCUGGUAUACAAUAUAAAAAAAAAUUACCUUUUGUACGUUUAGGUGAGCAUUAGACACACUUUUCUUUCCAAAUGUUCAGUUCUGGGUGAUUCAGGAAAAGCAUUGUGAACUUCCUGUGUCGUAGUUUUACACUGCACAGGUCAUUCUUACUCAUUUUCACAAUUUUUUUGUUAGUGGAAUUAGACCCUGAGAAUGUCAGGUUGGAAACAUUUGCAUUAUCUUCCCAUAUUGAAAGAUAUUAUUGUUAAUUUAGGAUUUACAGCUUUGAAGGAGUAAGGGGAAAUCAUCAAAUAGCUUGCUGUGAUCAUUUGAGUGUAAACAUAUGAAUAAGAACAGCAGUAAAUCACAGCUCUUUACCAGUAAUAAAAGAUAGUUGACCAGUCCAUUUUGUACAUAAACACUAAUUUGGAUAAGAAGUAAUGUCUUUCAUAAACUGUAUAAUAAACCAUGGUACAGAGUUCUUAUUUUGAAUGCUGCAAUGUUGCAUAGUAUCUGGCAGUCUGGAGCAGUUCCUCCUAUGGUAGUCAGCAAAACAGCUACCCGAGUUUUGAGCUUUUCAGUACCUACCUGCUCAAAGUGUUUGGAAUUCUUGUGUUACAGCUCACAAACUGUCUUCAUUCAUGUGGCCAGUCACCUUUGAUUGUGCAGCUGUCUACAACAGAUAUUGUUGAUCUAGGCAAAGAUUUGUAGCUGCAAUGUCAAUGAAAAGAACAUCAUUUAAAAUGUACCAAGAAAUGUGAGUAGAGUGUCUAGAAAACAUCCUUGCUUCCUCUCAUAUUAGAAAAUUAAUUAUCACUAGUCACAACUUACUAGUAGAACAGCAUAUGGUCAAAGCGUCAAGAACUCUAGUACACUUGAUCAAAAUGAAGUGAUCAUAGAACAAUCAAUAUGGAUAUAGGAACAGACAGAAACAUUGCAUGCAAGAAUAUAAGCAAGUACUUACCUGCAGUGAUUGCAGGCCCACCAGCCUAAAAGACUAGAUACGGAGGAUAUUGUUUGUCUUGUCAACAAAUUGGAAAUACGUUGUGGAUAGGUUGGGAUCUUCAAGCUGUUUGCAUUUAUUGAGAAUUGUCAUAACAUCUAUAGUGGUGUAUGAUUGGACAAUUCUGGUUGCAGGCCCCUGAAUUAAUACUUUGAGGGUGGAGAGGUACCAGCUUUUGAACAGGCAGUGAACUGUUGGAAGAAUGUUAAAGGAAAAAUCUGGAACUGUUCCCAGCUGCUGGUUUAAUCAGUUAGACUUAAGUUGGUUGUUGGUUCAAGUCCAUUUCAGAAAGCUCAGCUCAGAAAACUAUGCUGAUACUUGAGGCCUGAAGAACUGUUGACUUUUACAAGCGGUUUGAAACCAAGAACCUAAAUACUCCAUAAAAACCGAAAGAACUGCAGAUGCUGUGAUUCAGGAACAAAAACAAAGUUGCUGGAAAAUAGACUAAACGUUUUAUGUCCAGUGACCCUUCCUCAGAAGUUCUGAGGAAGGACCACUGAACCCGAAACGUUAAUUCUGUUUUUUUCCCUUCACAGAUGCUGCCAGACCUGCUGAGCUUUUCCAGCAACUUAGUUUCUGAACCUAAAUACUCCCUCAAGCAAAAAUAAAAGAUUCAAAAUUUGGUCUUUUAUGAGAUUCUGACUGGAGAUGAGACCCAGCUUGGAAAGAAUUACAAAAUGAAAAAUGUAAAUGCACUACAAACAAAGAAUAAUAAGAGGAAUUAUAACAAUAUUCUUUGAAACAAAAAGUAAAUUGUAAACACUAAAAACUUAAAUUCUGGAAAUACCGCGUCUAUGACUAUCUAAAACAAAUGCUUUGUAUUCAGCUUCAGUCCUUAUGUUUCGAAAAUGCUUUUUAAAAAAAAUUUAAAUCAAGCUCACUGUGUAACUAAGAUUACCUGAAUACAUACUAAAUCAUCCUCUGAUUUCUUUCACUCCUGUUUGUCAUGUUUUCAUAUCUUACAAUUGUUAUCUUGCAUCACUGGAUACAAUGUAUAAAAUAAGUCUGUUGGUGUUUUCAGCAAUAUAAUGAGUUUGUGCUUGUAAUGCUGCACUUUCGAGGGACAAGCCCCACAUGUAUUAAAGAUUUCUUCUUUGAGAUUACUGAUUUAUUGGGAUUUAAGGCAUGGUGGUUAGCACUGCUGCCUGACAGCACCAGGGACCUGGGUUCGAUUCCACUGAAGGGUGACUGCCUGUGUGGAGUUUGUACAUUCUCCCUGUGUCUGUGUGGGUUUCCUCUGGGUGCUCUGCUUUCUCCCUACAAUACAAAGAUGUGCAGUUUAGGGUGGCAUGGUGGCUCAGUGGUUAGCACUGUGAUCUCACAGCGCUAGGGACACAGGUUCAAUUCCAGCCACGGAUGACUCUGUCUGUGGAGUUUGCACAUUCUCCCCAUGUCUGUGUGGGUUUCCUCCGGGUGAUCCAGUUUCUUCCCACAGUUCAAAGAUGUGCAGGUUAAGUGGAUUGGCCAUGCUAAAAUGCCGAUAGUGCCCAGGGUGUUUAGGUUAGCUGGAUUAGACCUGGGAAAUGCAGGGAUGGAGGAAUAGGUCUAGAUGGGAUGGUCUUCAAAGGGGCGGUAUGGACAUGUUGGGUUGAAUAGCCUGUUUCCGCACUCCAGGAUUCUGAUUCUAUGAAAUAUAAAUGAGGACUUAGGCAAAGGGAUGAUUUGCUACAAAUUACACUUGUCUACCUAUUCAAAGCUUACAGCAUAGCUUGUUUGAAUUUUAGUCUAUACUUAAGAUUAGAAAAGGCUUUUUUUUAAAGUUUAGAAUCAUAACAAGAACAUUGAUUUAAUGCUACUGACAAAGGUACCAAGCAACUUUGCAAAAUUUGACACUGACCUAUGUUAAAUACUUAAGCUGGUGAGGAAGAUGUCUUUAAGGAUUGUAUUACUGCAGAAAAGUGUGGUUCGUAAGGAGAAAUUCUAGAUCUUAGUACCUCAGCAACAGAAACUCUGGCUACUAGUGGAAUGAUUAAAAUUUGAGAGGCAUUACAGCCCACAAUUAGAGGGAUACAGAAAUCUUGAACAAGUGAGCCCAACGCUGAGUUAUUAGAAUGUUUUUGCAAUAUGUGAAAUGGGUAGGGCACAUGGGUAUGAUUUAUAUUCGUAUUUGGAUUACAUCCUACCAGAUCAGACCUGUGAGUCUGACUGCGGUUAUGGGUAAAUUGUUGGAGGUGAUUAUAAAAGACAGGAUUUAUGACAUUUAGAGAGGCAAAAAUUGACUAGGGAUAGUCAGCAUGGCUUUAUGCGAGGAAAAUCGUGUCUCUCAAACAUUUGAUUUUUCUUGAGGAAGUUACCAAAAAGGUUGAUGAUGGCAGUGCAGUAGACAUUGUUUCUUUGGAAUUUAGUGAAGCCUUUGACAAAUUUCCACACGGUAGACUAAUUAGUGAAGUUAGGUCACAUGGGAUUCAGGAUGACCUUGCCAAUUGGAUACAUAAUUGGCUUAACGGCAGGAGACAGAGAAUAAUGAUGGAGGAUUGCUUUUCGAAUGGAGGUUUGUGACUAGUAGUGUUCCACAGGGAUUGGUUGUGGUUCUCUUUUGUUUGUCAUUUUUAUAAAUGAUUAGGCUGAGGAAGUAGAAGGCAUGGUUGGUAAGUUUGUGGAUGACAUCAAAAUUAGUGACAUUGUAAACAGUGAAGAAAGUUUUCCAAGAUUACAAAAGGAUCUUGAUUACAUGGGUCAUUGGACUGAAAAAUGGCAGAUGGAGUUCAAUCCAGAUAAAUGUGAGGUGCUGCUUUUGGUGCAACAAACAAGGCUAGACCUUAAUUAAUGGUAGGUUCUUGGGUAGCAUUGUUGAACGGGGGGAAGUAGGGGUGCAGGUACAUAAUUCUCUAAAGUUCGUAUCACACAUAGUCAGGAUUUUUAAAAAACUCAUUCUUGGGAUGAGUGUGCUACAGGAUAGGCAGCAUUAUUGUCCAUUCCUAAUUGCCCGGAAGGCAGAUGAGAGUCAACCAUAUUGCUGUGGGUCUGGAGUCAACAUGUAGGCCAGGCCAGGUAAGGAUGGCAAUUUCCUUCCCUAAGGGACAUUAGUGAACCAGAUGGAUUUUUCUGACAAUUGACAAUGGAUUCACGGUAAUCAUUAGAUUCUUAAUUUCAGACAUUUAUUAAAUUCAAAUUCUACUAUCUGCCAUGAUGUGAUUUGAAUCCAGGUCCCCAGAACGUUAUCUGGGUCUUUAGAUUAAUGGUCAAACAAUAAUACAACUAGACUAUCACCUCCCCAAAGCCGCUUGGCCUUUGAGUGUAGGAGUUGGGAUGUUAUUUUGAGGUUAGUACAAGACAUUGCUGAGGCCUCUUCUGGAAUAUUGUCUCCCAUUUAGUCACCCAGUUAUAGGAAUGAUAUUAUCAAGCUGGAGAGGGUUCAGAAGAGAUUUAUCAGGAUGUUGCUGGGUGUGGAAGGUUUGAGUUAUAAGGAAAGGCUGUAGAGGCUGGAAUAUCUUUCACUGGAGCGUAGGAGUUUGAUAAGUGACCAAAUUGAAGUUUAUAAAAUAGUGACAGAUAUAGAGCUGAUGGUCAUUGUCCUUUCCCUAAGAUGGGGAACCUCAAGCCUAGGGCACACACUUUUUGCAGAUGAGAGGAAAGAGAUUUCAAAAGAAGGCAAGAGGCAAAUUUCAAACACAGAGGGUCGUUUGCAUUUGGAAUGAACUUCCUGAGGAAGUGGUGGAUGCAGGUCCAAUUACAAUGUUUAAAAGACAUUUGGAUGGAUAUAUGAAUGGCAAAGGUUUGGAGGGAUAUCGGCCAGAAGCAAGCAAAUGGGACUAGUUUAGUUGGGAUUAUGUUCAGCAUGAACUGGUUGGACUGAGGGGUCUGUUUCUGUGCCCUAUGACUCUAUGAUUCUUAAGUAAUUUAUUGGAAGUUAAUAUACAUUUUAUUGUAACACAAGUUUCAGAAAUGUUUACUGAUAUCAACCAUUUACUCAGUUUCUUUUUAAGCUAAAUUCAAAUUCUAAAAACUACCAUGGCUAUUUUCCAAUCAUGUUGUCUGGAUUAUUUGUUGUGUUAUAAUAGCAUGCCCUUCAGCAUUACCCAAUGAACACAGAGAUCCAAGUAUAUUAAGUGAUACUUAGACCAUUCAAAUCAGGUCAUGCAUGCUUCGAACAGAGUUGAUCAAGGUAAUGUCUUUCACAAUCUCGGAAAUACCUGCAAAGCACUUCAGGAUGUUAAGUACUACUAGUGUAGUCACUGUUCUGGAGAAAACAGCAGUCUACCACACUGUUGAGAUUAAUGAAGGAUAUGAUGUUUGAUAGUUAAAUAUCAGGCCAGGAAGACAAAGAACAGCCCCCUUGUUUUUCUAGAAAUGAUGCUUUACAGCUGAAAGGGCAAAGAUCUCAGUUUACAUCUAAACCAGUGCACUUGGAUUUUGUAUUGGAAUUUUAGAACUUGGAGCCAUGACUCUGUCUCAGCAAACAUGAGGCACAGUUGAUACGUCAAGUUAAAAGGUUUGUGUGUACAGGUCAAUGCCUGCCAAAAGGUGAUGUUUUUAUAUAAAUAUGUUAUUCACAGGA